AUGGGCGGGGCCACGCUGGCCGCCGGCCUGGCCCGGUGCCGUGGCGAAGGCCAGCGCCCGCCGCCCCGCUUGGAGAGGGCCUGGCGCGCGAUGGACGCGGCAGCCUCCAUGCUCCGUCAUCCUGGUGCAGGGGCUGAAGCGUUGGCCGCUGCGCGCGGCUGGGUGGAGUCGCACUCCGAGGCGGAGGACCAGUCCACGUCCAUGGGCGGACCCACGGACAAGCUCGUGGAUUUGGCGCCGCUGGUGGAGGUGAGCUUCGUGAUGGUCGUGACGAGCUUCGUGAUGGUCGUGACCUGCUUCGUGAUGGUCGUGAUGGUCGCGACGAGCUUCGUGAUGGUCGCGACGAGCUUCGUGAUGGUCGCGACGAGCUUCCUGACGGGUUUCGUGACGUGCUUCCUGACGGGCUUCGUGAUGGUCGCGACGAGCUUCAUGAUGGUCGUGACGUGCUUCGUGAUGGUCGUGAUGGUCGCGACGAGCUUCAUGAUGGUCGCGACGAGCUUCGUGAUGUUCGCGACGAGCCUCACGACGGUCGUGAUGGUCGCGACGAGCUUCCUGACGAGCUUCGUGAUGGUCGCAAUGAGCUUCCCGACGCGCUUCGUGAUGGUCGCGACGCGCUUCCUGACGGGCUUCGUGAUGGUCGCGACGAGCUUCGUGACGCGCGUCGUGAUGGUCGCGACGGGCUUCGUGAUGGUCGUGACGAGCUUCGUGAUGGUCGCGACGAGCUCCAUGAUGGUCGUGACGGGCUUCCUGCUGAUGACGGCGCUGCGGUACUUGGCGGUGGCAAGCUACCUGGGCCAGUUCAUGGUGCAGCAGUUCGAGCUGAAGGUGGUCUACGAACGAGAGCUGGCGGAGGGCAUGCGGGUCGCGGUCAUCGAGGCCUUCAACACGGAUGCGGGCAGACGGGUCCGUGUCCCUGUCGGGCUCGUCGGGGCCGUGGUGCACGUCGCUAGUCCCGCUGACAAUGUCAUCAUCCAGUGGGACGAGCCGAUGCGCCUGCGGGGAGUCGGCGCUUCGCCGAUGCCGCGUGCGCAGUGGAGAAUGCUGAAGGUUGUGAGCAAACAGAGCAUAUCUAGUUGA